AACAAUUUGUCAAAUUUGGUACAAUCAUCCGGAAAAGCUAGAGAAAAAGGAACACUUUGAAAUAGGAAAAUUUUAGACAAUCAUGCAACAGAGUAAAAAUAAAGUAAAAAAGUAAAAUGUCUGGAAGCGAUAUCGCGGGAAUUAAACUUACCAGUGGACCGACGAGUCUGAGGAGCAGGAUCCUUGUGAGAAACCUACCCCCUUGCACCCGUGAGGAGCUGUCUUUCCUCUGCUAUUCCCUCGGCACAAUCCUUGGCUCGCUGGUGAUCGAUAACCACGGGUUUAUCCAGUUUGCUACGGAGAGCGAGGCCACCCGCGCCAUUGAGGAGCUCGACCAUUCUACCUUCAAAUCGAAAGUUAUCCUUGUCUCGAACGCCAGCUUCCGUUCCGUCAAAGCCAGUUGCUGUGUCUAUGCUCCCCAGAAAAAGAAGAGGAUGGUCGAGUGGUCUGAUGCCGAUGACGUUGUCGUCGUGGAGCGGAACGAAGAUGAGGACGAUGAAGACGAGGAUGACUACGAAAGCGAUAACGAAAAAGGCCAGGGUGACAAGCACGAAUCGUGCACACACAAGAGGAAACGAUAUACGAACCUCAAAAACACGAAGUAAAAGAAGAAUAGUCAGAGUGCGUCCGAAGAGGCAAAUCUGUAGAAAAAGAACACACAUACACCAACUCUUGUAAAAAACAGCGCACAAACUUUCUACAAGAGCACAAAAGCUGCCUUCAAGAAGAACAGUUCGAACCUCUACAAGAAGAAAGCACCAACUGUGUCCUGCACGGGCACAUCAACAUAAUUCAUCUCCUAUAUUCGUCCGAAAUUCGCUCUGAAAUAAAAUGGAAGCAUUCAUCCUUCA